GGGUAGGGUUAGGUUUGCGGUUCAAGAUUAUGGUUUGUAUUGGUUAGGAUUCGGGUUUUGGUUAGUAGUUGGUUUAAGGAUGGUUAGGCUCUUAUGAAAGUUAAAAUGACUUGAUUGAGUGUUUGGGUAAGGGGGAGUCUUUGAGAGUGUCCAAGAUUACGGUUAGGUUUGUGUGAAAUUGGGUUCAGGCUUUUCCUUCACAGUUUGGGAAUGCCAAGUUAAAUGCGAAGUUCCUGUGAAUCCUCUUAUCAGUUUUCAUAAACACGUGGACCAAUGUGACCGUAACGGCAAACGUGUAUGGCUGAAAGGAGUGCGUCUGCUUGACGGUUUGGAGGGGCGGGCAACGGGAUACAAUCAGUGGGUGGACCUUGUUGACUCGCAUUUCCACUUCCACUCCCUUUCCCCUCCACUUUGCUCCACUUGACUUCAUCUUUGUCUUCCAGUCUCAGCACUCACUGACAGAUCCUGGAUCUCCCUGUGGAGCUGGAGAAGGAACCACCCUGGCAUAAAACAAUGGCGCUGUGCACACCGAACGCGGAUCCCUCCAAAGCCAUCCGAAGUGACGGGAAAGAGCCCGGCGAGGCUUCAGCCGGGUUGAUGCCAGCCACUGUUAACCUGAGGCUGACCCGAAGUUUGUCCAAGUCGGACUCGGACUUGUUGGCGCCGCCGCCGCUCGGAGAAGAUGACGGAGGUCAUGCUGCUCGCAGCGGAUCCGUGUCCAAGUGCAAGCAGGGCCAGCCCUCCAAGGAGCGAAUGCCUUCCUUCGCCUCUGAGUGGGAUGAGAUUGAGAAAAUCGUGGACCUGAUCGGCGCAGGCAUUGAGACGUCCGACAAGAAACAGGCGAACUCAGAUGGGGCGUGCGGCAAAGCCCUGGACCAGCCGGUUGGUGAGUGGCUGGAGCGAGCUGGGCUGCCGCAGUACGAGGGCAAGUUCCUGCUCAACGGCUUUGACGACCUGCGCUUCAUGGGAAGUAACGUGAUGGAGGAUCAGGAUCUGCGAGACAUCGGGAUCACCGACCCAGGACACAGGAAGAAAAUCCUGCACGCGGCACGUGGAUUACCAAAGGUCAAAGCUCUGGGCUGUGAUGGUAGCACAUCUCUGGCCUCGUGGUUGGACGGCCUGGGCCUGCACGAGUAUCUGCCCAACUUCCUAUCCAGUGGCUACCGCACGCUGGAGUGUGUCAAGAACCUGUGGGAGCUGGAGAUCAUCAAUGUCAUCAGGGUGGGUCCGCUGGGUCACAGGAAGCGGAUCAUCGCUUCUCUGGCUGAGAGACCCUACGAGGAGGCACCCUCCAAGUCCCGACGCCUGUCUCCUAUCAUGUUCCACGACCUCCUGUCCCAGACCACUUGCCCCUUGGGCCAGAUGGACCCCUACACCAGUCGCUCCAUGGACAUGCUGCUGCCCCUGGCCGAAGCCGACCGGCGGCGGCGAGGAGGACUGGAACAGGACUGUAGCAUCUCUUUGCGUUCCUACUGUGAGCGGCCGCGCUCUGUUGACCGACACAGCGAGCGACACAAAGAAUCUCGCGCCAACCCGCGGCCGCCGAGCCACUCUGCUACCUAUGCUACCGUGUCCGCUUGGCACCACCAGCCUGAGAAACUCAUUUUGGACGCCUGUGGGUAUGAGGCAACUUACUUAGGUUCGAUGAUAAUCAGGGAUCUACGAGGGAUCGAGUCCACACAAGAUGCCUGCGCUAAAAUUAGAAAAUCAAAGGAUUCCAGAAAAGGUCCCGUUGUUAUUCUCUCCAUCACCUACAGGGGGGUGAAGUUUAUUGACGCAGCCUCAAAGACCAUAGUAGCAGAGCACGAGAUCCGGAACAUCUCUUGUGCCGCCCAGGACCCGGACGACCUGUGCACGUUCGCCUACAUCACCAAGGACCUGAAGAGCGGCCACCAUUUCUGUCAUGUCUUCAGCACGGCAGAGGUGACGCAGACGUACGAAAUCAUCCUAACUCUGGGCCAGGCCUUCGAAGUAGCCUACCAGAUGACCGUGCAGUCCAGGCAGAGACACUUCAUCCCCCACUCGUCCCUGGGCUCUGAAGUCGUCGAGACCAAGAGCAGCCGGCCCGUGUCUCAGGCGUGGAGCAGCAUGAGGAGAUCAGCAGGUGCCCCCGUGCUCGAAUGCCGCUGCUGUCACUGUCACACGUGCACCACCCACCGUCCUACCUUCCUUCCGCUGCACUCCGUUAGCCCCGGAGUCCAGAUCGACCCCCUGGAGAUGGACGCCGACAUGCACUCCCUGGGCAGCACCUCCUGGCUCUUGGACCAGCGCGAUGCCAACAGGCGGCCCGUCAGCACCAAGUACGAGACCACCAUAUUCUGAGGCCCCCCCACCCCUACCCACCCUCUCCUCCGAAUCCCACUUCCACAACCCGUGCCCCCUCCCACCUUGCAUCCGGUUCGCAAUCCACGCACAGUUCGAGCCCCGUGCCUUCUCACUGUGAUGGUGUAGCCACCCCUCAGGGCUGCCUCCUCCUGCACCUCCAUCUUUUUCUUUUGCCCAGCAACCUCCGAUAAGGAUCCCCCCGACUGCGACUGGGGUUGCACCCCUGGACUGAGCUAAUUUUUCCUUGCAUUUUCAACCCCUUGAUAGCUCCCAGAGGUUGCUUAUUUGUAUAUUGUGUCCCAAAAAAAAUGAGAUUUUCCUCUUUCAAUUAUGGACUUUUUUUUUCUUUGUCCGUGUGUAGCCUCUCUUGUCUUACCAGGCAUCAACCACUGUGAGACUUUGUGAGGAGGGUCAGGAUGCCAAACCAAUGAGCAGUUUUGUUUUUGUUGUUUUCUAUGCAUUUGUACAAAAAAAAAAAAUAAUCAACACGCUGGAUGGGUCACUAACACACUUUGCUGCACUUUGAGGAGGCUGGCAGCCCGAUGUCAUGUCAUGGCCCCCCCAUCCCAGUGAACACCACCCAAUGACUGCACGCUGCUUCUCCAACACACUUGACUGAGAGACUGAGGGGGACAAGGGGGGUUGUUGUGGGGGUCUCUGCUCUGGCCUUGUAACUGCCCUGUGCCUCUCAGCUUCACGGUAGCACGGAGAGACAAAACAAACUUAACAAAAACAACAAAAAAAAAACAC